AUGGGUCUUAUUAGGAGAGGUGUUCGUAACAAGACGGCAGCAGAGCCUGUUAAAAGAAGUGCCAAGAUCAAGAAGGCUACCUUUGAUGCAACAAAGAAAAAGGAAGUCGGGGUUUCAGAUUUAACUUUAUUAUCCAAAAUUUCAGAUGAAUCAAUCAAUGAGAAUUUAAAGAAAAGAUUCAUGAAUGCCACCAUAUAUACGUAUAUUGGCCAUGUCUUAAUUAGUGUGAAUCCAUUCCGUGAUUUAGGUAUAUAUACUGAUGCCAUUUUAGAUUCCUAUAAAGGGAAAAAUAGAUUAGAAGUUCCACCCCAUGUUUUCGCAAUUGCAGAAUCUAUGUAUUAUAAUUUAAAAUCAUAUAACGAGAGUCAAUGUGUUAUUAUUUCAGGUGAAUCAGGGGCUGGUAAAACGGAAGCUGCCAAGAGAAUCAUGCAAUAUAUUGCCUCUGCAUCCACGUCACAUUCGGAAUCUAUUGGGAAGAUUAAAGAUAUGGUUUUAGCAACAAAUCCAUUAUUGGAAUCUUUUGGUUGUGCUAAGACAUUAAGAAAUAAUAAUUCUUCGAGACACGGGAAAUAUUUAGAAAUUAAAUUUAAUUCUCAAUUUGAACCUUGUGCCGGUAACAUUACCAAUUAUCUAUUAGAAAAGCAAAGAGUUGUUGGCCAGAUUAAAAAUGAGAGAAAUUUCCAUAUUUUCUACCAAUUUACGAAGGGUGCCUCAGAUACUUAUAGACAAACUUUUGGUGUUCAAAAACCUGAACAAUAUAUUUAUACAUCCGCAUCUGGAUGUACUUCCGUAGAUACUAUCGAUGACUUAAAAGAUUACCAAGAGACUUUGAAAGCCAUGCAAACCAUAGGUUUGGCACAAGAAGAACAAGACCAAAUAUUCAGAAUGCUAGCUGCUAUAUUGUGGAUAGGUAACAUUUCUUUCAUAGAAAAUGAAGAAGGUAAUGCUCAAGUUAGAGACACAUCAGUUACCGAUUUUGUUGCAUACCUUUUACAAGUCGACGCUGCUGUAUUAAUCAAAGCUUUAGUUGAAAGAAUCAUGGAAACCAGUCAUGGUAUGAGAAGAGGUUCCGUUUAUCACGUUCCAUUAAAUAUUGUCCAGGCAACCGCUGUAAGGGAUGCACUGGCUAAAGCCAUAUAUAGUAAUUUAUUUGAUUGGAUUGUUGGAAGAGUAAAUAAAUCACUGCAAGCUUAUUCCGGAGCUGACAAAUCUAUUGGUAUUUUGGAUAUUUAUGGGUUUGAAAUUUUCGAACAUAAUUCUUUUGAACAACUGUGUAUUAAUUAUGUCAAUGAAAAAUUACAACAAAUUUUCAUCCAAUUGACUUUGAAAUCUGAACAAGAAACAUACGAAAGGGAAAAGAUUCAAUGGACACCAAUCAAGUAUUUCGAUAAUAAAGUUGUUUGUGAUUUAAUUGAAGCAAGAAGACCACCAGGAAUUUUCGCUGCUAUGAAUGAUUCUGUUGCUACCGCACAUGCUGAUUCAAAUGCAGCAGAUCAAGCUUUCAGUCAACGUCUAAAUCUAUUUAGUACAAAUCCGCAUUUCGAACUAAGGUCCAAUAAGUUCGUCAUUAAGCAUUAUGCUGGUGAUGUGACAUACGAUGUUAACGGGAUUACAGAUAAAAAUAAGGACCAACUACAAAAGGAUUUAGUUGAAUUAAUGGGCACUACAACAAAUACAUUCUUAUCGACUAUCUUCCCUAUGGAAGUCGAUAAAGAAUCUAAGAGAAGACCUCCUACUGCAGGUGAUAAGAUCAUCAAAAGUGCCAAUGAAUUAGUUGAAACACUGUCAAAGGCACAACCAUCAUAUAUUAGAACAAUCAAACCAAAUGAAACGAAAUCACCAAAUGAUUAUGAUGAUCAUCAAGUUUUACAUCAAGUGAAAUAUUUGGGUUUACAAGAAAAUGUUAGAAUUAGAAGAGCAGGUUUUGCUUAUAGACAAGUGUUUGACAAAUUCGUAGAAAGAUUCUAUCUUUUGUCACCGCACUGUUCAUAUGCAGGUGAUUAUACAUGGCAAGGUGAAACAUUGGAUGCCAUUAAGUAUAUUUUGGCGGAUGCUUCCAUUCCAGCUACAGAAUAUCAAUUAGGUACAACAAGUGUCUUUAUCAAAACUCCUGAAACAUUAUUUGCUCUAGAGAAUAUGAGAGAUAAAUAUUGGCAUAAUAUGGCAGCAAGGAUCCAACGUGCAUGGAGGAGAUUCUUGCAAAGAAGAAUCGAUGCCGCUAUUAAAAUUCAAAGAACAAUUAGAGAAAGGAAAAGCGGGAAUAAAUACGUACAACUUCGUGAUUAUGGUACUAAAAUACUGGGUGAUAGAAAGGAAAGAAGAUCUAUGUCAUUACUCGGAUACAGAGCAUUCAUGGGUGAUUACCUGGCAUGUAAUCAAUCUAAAUCGAAAGGUUCAUAUAUUAAAAGACAAGCUGGUAUCAAGGAAAAGGUUAUAUUUUCUAUCCAUGGUGAAAUGCUUCAUUCUAAAUUUGGUAGGUCUGCACAACGAUUAAAAAAGACUUUCAUUUUGACUCCAACAACGUUUUAUAUUGUUGGUCAAACGAUGAUUCAGAAUGCUAUGAAAUAUACACAAGAUUACAGUAUAAAUGUCAAUAGUAUAAAGCAAUUCAGCCUGUCUACGCUACAAGAUGAUUGGGUUGGGGUUGUCCUAAGUAAUUCUACCUUACCAGAUCCAUUCAUUAAUACCUACUUCAAAACUGAAUUGAUAACUCAAAUCAAGAAAUUGAAUAGUAAAGUCCAAAUUAAUGUUGGUCCAAUGAUUCAGUACCAGAAAAAACCAGGUAAACUACAUCCUGUUAGAGCAACGAUCAGUGACACAGCACCAAAGUAUGGUGAUCUUUACAAGUCAAGUACUAUAUAUGUUCGUCGUGGUCAUCCAGCCGGCUCGAGAUCGAAGAAGAAACCUAGAGGAAAGGGUAGCGGAUCUGGUUCUUCAACAACAGCUACGUAUAAGAGACAAAGUAUAAAAAGCACACCCCAAGCGCCAUCCGGAAUGAAACCUCCAGUGGCAAGAUCUAGAAGUAAAAAACCUGCUCCACCACCUCCUGGUUCCCAACAGCCAUCACUUGCUGCUACAGCCGCCCAAGCUGCAUACCAUCCAAAUGGCUCGUCGAAAAACCAAGCACCCUCACCUGUAGGGAUAAAACCAUCAGCUAGACCACAAGUGCACUCGAGACCCAAACCUAAACCGAAACCGCAACCACCUGUACAACAGCAACAACCACAGCAGCAACGUCAACCUGUUGCUCAAGCAAAGUCUGCAGUUGUCCCUCCUCCACCACCGCCUCCUCCUCCCCAAGCAUCAUCCGAACCUAAAUUUGAAGCAGCUUAUGACUUCCCUGGCUCUGGUGCGCCAUCAGAAUUACCGCUAAAGAAAGGCGAAGUCGUUUAUAUAACGAGACAAGAACAAAAUGGAUGGUCAUUAGCCAAGACAUUAGAUGGUUCUAAGACAGGUUGGGUUCCAACAGCAUACAUGACAGAAGCAAAAAUAACUUCAUCUACUUCAACCCCAAUUACAGUUCCAAAUACCACUACUACUGUUACACAACAGGUUCAACAAACUGUACAAGAACAAGCUACUACACAAGCGCAACCUGCUGCAGCCAACUUUAGUGAAGGUCUAGCAUCAGCGCUAGCAGCUAGAGCCAACAAGAUGAGAAAUGAAUCAGGAGAAGAAGAUGCAGGCGAAGACGAUGAUGACGAUGACUGGUAA